ACACAAACACGCGCACACAUACACACACUCACAAACACACACAUGCACGCGCGCGCAAACACACUCACUCACAAACACACACACACAACACCCACCCACACACACACACACACACACACACUCACAAACACACACACACACACACACACACACAGGGCGGGACUUGGAGCGGAAAGUCGACACCGUUAUAGCUGAACAUCUUGAAAACAGCAGAAAUAUUCCGCAAGCAGCCGCUUUUUCUUCCCAGAGGAAGCCACAACUCCGCACUUCGGACCUGCUUUGUGCUGAAAAUGGCUUCGUCUCCUCAGAAGUCUCCGUCCUCUCCGAAAUCUCCGAGUCCCAGAUCACCGCCCUCCAGGAAAAAGGACGACUCGUUCCUCGGAAAACUCGGAGGAACUUUGGCCAGAAGAAAAAAGGCAAAAGAAGUUUCUGAGCUCCAAGAAGAGGGCAUGAAUGCAAUCAACCUGCCCCUGAGUCCCACUCCGUUCGAGCUGGAUCCUGAGGACACCAUGCUGGAGGAGAAUGAAGUCCGCACGAUGGUCGAUCCCAACUCCAGAAAUGACCCUAAACUCCAGGAGCUCAUGAAGGUGCUGAUCGACUGGAUCAAUGAUGUUUUAGUAGGAGAACGAAUCAUCGUCAAAGAUCUAGCUGAGGACCUUUAUGAUGGACAGGUUCUUCAGAAGCUCUUUGAGAAGCUGGAAGGAGAGAAGCUUAAUGUCGCUGAGGUUACACAGUCCGAGAUUGCCCAGAAGCAGAAGCUUCAGACUGUCCUGGAAAAGAUCAAUGACACACUCAAAGUGUCCUCCAGGAACAUCAAAUGGAACAUUGACUCAAUUCAUGCCAAGAGCAUAGUCGCCAUACUUCACUUGUUGGUGGCUCUGUCUCAGCACUUCCGCGCUCCAAUCCGACUCCCAGACCAUGUGUCUAUACAAGUAGUUGUGGUUCAGAAACGUGAGGGCAUCCUUCAGUCUCAGCAGGUCUUAGAGGAAAUUACUGGCAACACCGAGGCACUUUCUGGAAGGCAUGAGCGUGAUGCGUUCGACACCUUGUUCGAUCACGCACCAGACAAGCUGAACGUGGUUAAAAAAACUCUCUUGACAUUUGUGAACAAGCACUUAAACAAGUUGAAUCUGGAGGUGUCUGAGCUGGACACACAGUUUGCUGAUGGUGUGUACUUGGUUUUGCUGAUGGGGCUCCUGGAAGGAUAUUUUGUUCCUCUCUACAACUUCUUCCUCACCCCAGACAAUUUUGACCAUAAGGUGCACAACGUUUCAUUUUCCUUUGAGCUGAUGCAAGAUGGUGGUUUGGAGAAGCCAAAACCAAGGCCCGAGGACAUUGUCAACUGUGACCUGAAGUCCACAUUACGUGUCCUCUACAACCUCUUUACCAAGUACAGGAACGUGGAAUGAAGUCCUGGUCCAGUACUCACUUCGGAAAUGGCAUCCUUAUCAGUAUUAGCCGAGUUUUUUUUUAAUUAUUGUACUUGUGGAUUAUUAUUUACAGUGUUCAGUAUUAUUUCAGUAUUCAGUAUUUUUUGAGAGUCUGCUCUGUAUUUAUCCAACAUGCUAUGAAAUCUUAAUAUUUUCAUUUUAGUUUACACAGUGAUGGAGGAUUGAGUGAUGAAACAAAUAGUGGGAUAAUGCUAAGUGUGUUUCUUAUUUUUUAUAUUUCAUCCAUUUUCUUUUGGCUUUUUAAUCUGAAGUGAUUAUCAGAGUUGUUGCAAAUCAUGUCUUCCAAUCAGGCUCACCAUCCAGUAUCAUUUCCAGGCCCAGGAUAAAGCCUGUUUUUGAACAACAUAUUUCGAUCACAUAGGUCUGUUCCACAUAUCAGUGUCUGUCAUGUGUCCUCAUCUGGACUGGGCCCUGGACAGCUUCUCCAGUUCUCCCUUUGUGACGGCCACACUGCUUCCAGUUUUGUAGAUUUUAUCACUUAAUAUGACGGAGAACGAAGAAAUAAAUAACAGCAAGGUCUUUUACUUUUUAUUUUAAAUUGUUGCAUGGAGUUUGGGAUAGAGGAAUCUGUCUUGCUCUCUAUUAAGUGAACAGACCAAAUUAUCUAGUUCAGGCACUUCAUUGUGCUGUUGAAUAGGCUUCAAUGUUUUUUUCUGCUUGUAUGAAACUUCUAUAGAUCUGAAGCAAACAGACAUGAAAUUGCCUUCUCCACCCCCAAGGCAAUCAUAGAAUUCAAACCAUAAGCAGACGAUUGCUACUAGUUUGUAAGAAUGCAAUGUGGCUAUUCUGGAAAAAAAAAAGGAUUCCUUCGUGCAGUUUAAUGUGAAGGUCGGAGCGAUCGUUUGUUUCACUGUUGAGGUUUGAAUGCAGUGUGUGGGGCCUGACGGGCUGAGAUUUUCCUCUCAAUUCCUGUCGCGAAUUCCUGUCCUUGUGCUCUCCUCAUUCACCACUGACCAUUUUGUGUGACUGUCCUGUGUGUACUUUUGAACGAAUGGAAGAGGAAUAAAUUGAUCUUGAUCGCUCAGUCACACUUAAUAACUUUCAGACCAAAGGCUGCAUUUUAUUUAACCCCUCAAACAAAAGGCUCGCUUAAGGCAGAGGCAAUGUUUCAUUUUAAUGGCUCAGACCGGCAGUCUUCAUCCUGCAAUAAAGUUGCAUGAUGAAAUCUGGGUUUAGUUACUGAAACAGUGGAAGGGAAGCUCUUCUGAAAAGCAGAGGUCACAUUUUCUUCUGUGUGUAAUGGUGCAGCACUGCACAAUUGGACCCAACAAAGGUUAUAAUGGAGGUCAAGGGAUAAUAGAAAAUGUGGAUCUUUUAGGGUGCGCUUCUCUUUGUGUGAUUCAUUGAAGACCUCCAUGUUUCAUCAGUUGUGUAUUUUUAAUUUGCAGAUUUUUUUUUGUCUGGCUUCAGGCACCUAACAAGCUGAAUAACUUAAUUAAGCAAAGUUGUGUGUUUAUGUGAGACACCUGUGACUGAGUCACACUUUCACGCAGGUUUUGUGGAACUAAAAUACUGGCCCAGAUGAAUUGCAGGCUCCGGUGCCAGCCUGUAAGCUCUUUUUUUUUUUUUCACACUUACAAAUUGCACACUUUUUAUCCCAAAAUACACUGUCAAAAGAAGCAUUUUUGGAAAAAAGUACACACUGCCUGUCAUAUUCUUUGGGCCCCAUUAAGAGCCAGCUGUGUUAAAUGUGAAUUUCACUGUUAGUGCCAUCUCCGACAAUGGUCUUUUCGAUAAAAACCUUUGUUCUGCUACAUUUUCUGACCCAUUAUAUGACUGGAGCCGGGGGGGAGAUUAAGAGCCGAGGGCGUCUUCAUCACUCGGCUGCCUCUGAGAGCCUAAAUAACAGCGAAGACCACCUGUGUAAUUGUCCAGCGCUAGGGUGUCCUGAAUAGCCAUUAGCUUCCCUACUGCAAUUACCUUUCCUCUGGUCCCCUUCAUGACACCAAGUGCAGCCGAGAGCUCUAGAGAACCUAAACCCCACUGUUUACUCCCAAACACAAUGGCUGAAACAGAGUGUCUCAUCCAGGCUGAUAUUGAUUUGUGCUUAAGAUUCGGGUCAUUACGAGUAAUUGAUUCCUCCAUUGCGUCCUCUUAACAUGCCUCGGGAGUGCGUUUACACCUGCAUGGAUUACAAAGUUCUGAUAUUUUCUAUAAAAUUGUAAGACCAAGAAAAAAAAAGAGUCAGAAACAUUCAUAUGAGAAUAAGUACAUUGUCACUGCUACUAUGGGAAAUCUCUACUAUGGGAGCUAUGAACUCUGUAUUAUGGGAGCUAUAAAUAAGCAGUUAUAACGUAAUUUGGUCUGAAUAUUAUUUAAAGGUGCAGUUUGUAAUUUUUUAAACAUUUUUCUGGGGGGGGGGAGGGUUUACAGGGCUUAGUGGUUAGCACAGUUGCCUCACACUGGCAAGCGUUGUAGGUUGACUGGCAUUUCCAAAUUGUCUGUAAUGUAUGAGUGGGUUUGGGUUUGUGUGUGUGUGUGUGUGUGUGUGUGUGUGUGUGUGUGUGUGUGAUUGUGCUCUGUGACGGGUUGGCACCCUGUCCAGGGUGUGUGCUGCCCUGUGCCCCUGAAAUUAGCUCCGCCCUCCAGGUGUGCUCAGCUGCCCCUUUUCCUCAAAAGGCAAUCCAAAUGAUCAGUUGGGAGAAAUACGAAGGCAUGUCAAUCCUUUCACUGUAAUUAUAAUUUGACUCGCAGGCAGCAGAUAGCAGUAAAAAUCACAAACUGUGCCUUUAAUGGAUAUGUUAUUUAAAAUUUUAUCUCAAUAUAAGAGCUUUUAUAAUUGUUGAUUAACUUGUGAUAAAAUAUGCAGAUUUUUAUUCAAAAUAAAACUGAUUUGAGAAAAAACAUUGGUAUCACAUGCAUUGAUGUAUUGAAGAUAUCAUUUCUGUAGAUGUUGCAUAUCCUUAAUUUUCCUGAUAUAUUAAAAAUACGUUGAGACUUAUAA